AUGCCUCCAAAGGUCGACCCCAAUGAGAUCAAGGUGAUCCACCUAAGAGCUACUGGUGGUGAAGUCGGUGCCUCGUCUGCACUGGCUCCCAAAAUUGGUCCGCUCGGGUUGUCACCAAAGAAGGUCGGAGAAGAUAUCGCGAAGGCUACGGGUGAUUGGAAAGGACUCCGUGUCACCGUCAAGCUCACCAUCCAAAACCGUCAAGCUGCCGUUUCUGUCGUUCCAUCUGCCUCAUCCCUCGUCAUCAAGGCCCUGAAGGAGCCCCCCCGCGACCGAAAAAAGGAGAAGAACAUUAAGCACAGCAAGUCGAUCACACUCGAUGAGGUUAUUGAGAUUGCCCGGACGAUGAGAUUCAAGUCUUUGUCGAAGGAGCUCAAGGGCGGUGUUAAGGAAAUUCUGGGUACUGCAUUCAGUGUAGGCUGCCAGGUUGAUGGAAGGAGUCCUAAGGAUGUCAGUGAUGAUAUCGAGAGUGGCGAGAUUGAGAGUAGGAUUUCCCCAAACCAACCGUUGAUAUAUUGCUGA